GCAACCUUGUCUUCCUCCAUAUAUACGAAGUUAGAGCCAAAGGGGAGGGAUCGACAUUACCAUUAUGGAUUUGUUGCAUUCUUCCAUCUUAAGCCUUAGCGACUGUUUCAAUUCCUUUCUUUCUGGCUCCAUGCUCUUAGCAGCGACAAUGUCGAUUGCUUCCUAUUUUGUUAUUCCGAUACUCUUCGGCGGUCAACGUAAAAACUGGAAGAAUGCACCACCAGGCCCUGCUGGUUGGCCCAUCCUCGGAAGCCUUCCACAUCUCAGCCAUCAUCUUCAUGAAGAUUUCUUUCAGCUCGCCAAGAUCUAUGGGCCACUUUUCAGUGUAAACAUGGGCAUAAAGCCAGCCAUAGUAGUAUCAUCCCCAGAAAUGGCAGCCCAAGUCCUGAAAGAAAAGGAAGGGAUGUUCUCUAGUCGGACCAUAACCGAAGCCAUUCGAGUCGUCUCAUAUGAUGCCCAUUCCAUCAUUUUCUCACCCUAUGGUCCCAGGUGGAAGGCUCUUAGAAGAAUCUUGAUCACUGAACUACUUUCUCCUAAGGCCUUUGAACAAUUUGAAUCACUCCGUACCACACAGGUCCAUGGCUUGCUCAAGCAUUUGUACUUGCUGUCAAAGUCCAACACUCAAGUGAACAUUGCAGAAUCAGCUUUUACGGCAUUGGCCAACCUUGUGAGUAAUUUUGUCUGCUCCAAAAAUAUUUUCGACAACUCAAAGCCCGAAGGAAGAAAAAUGAAAGAGGUGUUUUGGGAGAUGAUAAAGGUGAUUGGAACCCCAAACUUUUCCGAUCUCCUUCCAAUUGUAAAACCAUUAGAUCCACAAGGCUUGAAGAGAAAAAUUAGAAAGAUCUUUGACCAAAUGGAUGCUUUCUAUGAGAAGAUAAUUGAGGAAAGGUUGGCGGAGAAGGUAAAAGCUCAACUUGAGACGACACACAACAAUGAGAAGACGGAUUUGUUGGAUGUUCUUUUGAGUUAUAAGAGUAAUGACAAGGAAAAUGGUUUGGAACGCUUCUCAAGAGCUAUCAUCAAAGGAAUGCUUUCCGAAAUGUUUAUAGCAGGAACAGAGACUACCUCAAGCACCGUGGAAUGGGGCAUGACAGAAAUCCUAAGGCAACCUCGUAUACACAAGAAACUGCUACUGGAACUGGACCAAGUAGUCGGGAAGAACAGGUUUGUGGUAGAGAGUGAUAUCCCAAAACUGCCAUACCUUCAAGCAACUGUUAAAGAAGUUUUUAGACUGCACCCUGGAGUUCCACUCAUCAUCCCUCGUCGCACCAAUGAGGCAUGUGAGGUAGCUGGCUAUCAUAUUCCGAAGCAUUGCAUUGUUUAUGUGAAUAUUUGGGGAAUGGCAAGGGAUCCCAAAGUGUGGGAAAAUCCUUUAGACUUCAAGCCUGAGAGGUUCAUUGGGUCAAGCGUAGAUGUGAAGGGUCAAGACUUUAAUCUCUUGCCUUUUGGGACAGGGAGAAGGUCUUGUGUUGGAUGGCCCCUUGCUCAUCGGAUGGUGCAUUACUACUUGGCUGCAUUGCUCCAUGCUUUCGAGUGGGACUCUCCUCCUGGAAUUCUAAAUGAUAUGAGUGAGAGGGUAGGGCUUACUAUUCAGAAAGAUAAGAGCUUGCUUGGCACUCCCAAGCCUCGACUGCAAGAUUCCGUUUAUGAGCAUUAGAAUUCUAGCCUACCACCACCCAUCUAAUAAAUUACGUGGUAUAUCCUAUGCUGUAUGCAAGGGUGCUGAAAUGAAUGUUUGGUAGCAAUCGUAUGCCGUAUGUUUGACAUAUGACAAUAAAUCAUGGACUUCUACUUCUUGUUCUUUUCUCUAUCCUUAAAUAUACUCUUGAUUGUCUAAUUUGGUGUACCAAUCAUACUUUUGUAUUUUUUUUUUCCCAUUCUUCUUUUAUUUUC